GGGGGUGGGAACAUACUGUAGAUCGAUCAGUAAAUUGAGAGCUUUGCUUUCCGACUCAGCUCUCUUCACCACGACGGUCUGGUACAGCGACCGCAUUACAGCAAACGCUGCACCGAUCCGCCUAUCAACCUCACGCUCCCCAACCAGUUAGAAGUCAUCGUCCUCCUCUAAAUUCAGAAUCUGACACGGCAAAAAAAAAAACAACAUUCAACAUUUAUUAUACAGAACAAUUAUUUUAUGUGUAUUUUUCUCAAUGAAAAGUGACACCAUUUAAUCAAAUGGGUGUUUAAAAGGUUAAAUAUUGAAGUAUUUGGUGUUUUUGAAAGAUUUAAACAAAAAAAGUACAACAAAUAUUAAUCUGUUACGUUUGUAGAGCAGUUUUUGGGAGGACGUUUUUGUCAUCGAACUGAAAGGGUAGUAAGCUUUUAAAAAUUGACGCUGAAAAAUGUAACAAUGCUUCACAAUCUAUUCUUCACUACUAAUAUAUACAUAUAUUUGAAUAACCCCCAGCCUCUUAAGAUUUAUUAUACGGAAAAUAACGUUUAUGUGAAUUUUUCAAAAUGACAAACAGUGACAUUGUCUAAUAAAAUGGUAAUUUAAAUGGUUAAAAUACCAUUUUUGAAAUAUGUAUUUGGAUUAGGACUGAAGUUUAUUGAGAGAUGUGGGGGAAAAAAGUAGAAAAAAUCUGAAUGCGUUUGAGCGUGACGUUGCAAAGGUGACGCAGCCGAAUUGCAUUGUGGGCUUUAACGGCAACGGAAAAGUUUGUUGACGUUGGCUGCAUACCCUUGUGUGUUUUUAUUUGUUGUUGUGUUGUAACAAGUGGAAAACAUGGUGCAAACGUGUUGUGUUAUCAACUGCCACAAUCGUUCACGCGAUCGCUUCGGGAAUAAAAAGGAUGGGGGGAGAUUUUUCUCAUUUCCGACGUGGAAGCAAAGCCAAGGAGCUGUGAUCUGUGAGCUAACAAAGAGACGCCGAAUGGCCUGGAUAGCAGCCGUGAGACGACCAAACAUCACUUUCAACGCCAUCACCCGACACAUGUUGGUGUGUUCACGGCAUUUUCACACUGGGAGACCUGCUAAUGAAAUGGAUGAAAGCCAUCCAGACUGGGCACCCUCAUUACAUCUCGGACACACGGAGGUGAAAGCUGCAGAUAACGACAGACUACAGAUAACAUUGCACGAGGAGGAACUUUCUCCAACAAGAGAGGAGAACGAGCGACUACGACAACAACUGGAAGAUGUUUGCAAGACUCAAGUUGUGUUGCACGUUGAAGACAUCCAGAAGCUGAUUGGUCAUCAAGAAGAAUGUCCCCCACAGCCAAUGGCGGGGGGCUCCACUUGGGCGCAGGAGGAGCCACAGCCUCCUUACACUGAAGAUAAAGAAGGGGAGCUAGAGCCCACCCACAUUAAAGAGGAAGAGGAGGAGCCGCAGCCACCCUUUGUUAAAGAGGAAGAAGAAGAACUCUUGAUCACUCAGGAGGGAGAGCGUCUUCUUGGGUCCAGGUUGCCACUGACUGGUGUGUCUGUGAAGACCGAAGACCAUGAAGACAAACCACAGCUUCAUCAUAGUCCAAGUGAGGAGAAGAGAGAGGCGGAGCCUUCAAGCAGCAGCUCAACACAACACAUGACAACAGAAGCUGAUGGAGACCACUGUGGAGGAUCACAAGCAGACAACCUCUUAGCUCCACUGUCAGAUAGUGACGACAUAACGUCUCACUCUCCUGAAGAUGAAGACAGUGACUACAACCAAGAAUCUUUGAGCAGCGAUACAGACUGUGAAGGUGAUAUGACGACUCACACUGACAGCAAACACUCUGAAUUCUCUAAAAAGAAGACGGAUAAAAAAACUUUUAAGUGCACAGUUUGUGAUAAAAGAUUUUCUUGUAAGAGUUCUUGGACUCGACACACGAGAAUGCACACAGGAGAAAAACAUUUUAGUUGCUCAGCCUGUGGUAAAAGCUUCACUCAAAAGGCGCAUAUGGUAUCACACAUGAGAACGCACACAGGAGAGAGACCUUUUAGUUGCUCACACUGUGGUAAAGGCUUCACUCAAAAGUCAAGUAUGGCAUUACACAUGCGAACACACACGGGAGAAAAACGUUUUAUAUGCUCAGACUGUGGUAAGCGCUUCACUCAAAAGGCAACUAUGGUGUCACAUAUGAGAACACACACAGGAGAAAAACCUUUUAGUUGCUCACAGUGUGGCAAAAGCUUCACUCAAAAGAGAAGUAUGGUGUCACACAAGAGAACACACACAGGAGAAAAACGUUUUAUAUGCUCAGACUGUGGUAAAAGCUUCACUCACAAAGUAAAUAUGGUAUCACACAUGAGAACACACACGGGAGAAAAACGUUUUAGAUGCUCAGACUGUGGUAAAAGCUUCACUCAAAAGGCAAAUAUGGUAUUACACAUGAGAACGCACACAGGGGAGAAACCUUUUAGUUGCCCAGACUGUGGUAAAAGCUUCGCUCUCAAAGCAAAUAUGGUAAAACACAUGAGAACGCACACAGGAGAAAAACCUUUUCGUUGCUCAAACUGUGGCAAAAGCUUCACCCAAAAGGAAAGUAUGUUACUACACAUGAGAACGCACACAGGAGAGAAACCGUUUAGUUGCUCAGACUGUGGUAAAAGCUUCACUCAGAAGGUAAAUAUGUUAUCACACAUGAGAACACACACCGGAUAAAAACAUUUGAAUUGCUCAAAUUAUGGUGACACAUUUCCUCAGAAGUCCUCUUUGAAUAGACACAUGCAGUCACUGAUCAACUGUGGUUAAAGGUAUGUUAUUUGACUGUAUGCCGUAAUCACUAAAUGCUAUAACUGAUUAAGUCACUUCUUGUUCAGUUACGUCAAGAUUCGGUUUGGACAGUAGUGAUUUGAUUCCUUUUUCUGAUUUGAGUUCUUAUGAAUCACUCACUGAAGAAGAAUUGGUCACUCAAGUCACCCGUCACAGAGUACAUGAUUUGAUUUAAUUUUGCUCAAACGAUUGUAUGUAAUAAAAGGAAAUAAUGAGGUUAUUUUGUAGAUAUUGUUACAUUGUCUGGUGUUGGUGUAGUAUAUGUUUAUUUACAUAUUGUAUUCCAUAUUGACUUACAAACAUCACAUUUAUGAUCCCAAAUAAAUGUUUUGGUAAAAAAAAUUGUCAGGUGUUUUAUUUUGAUUCUAAUCAUGAUCAACAAAUUAAAGGCAAAGUGACUAAAUUGUUAAAUUUGAACAAUUUCAAAUGUUCGGUAUCAAUAUCAGCGAUAUUGACUUGGUAUCGCAUCAAUACCAAAAGAUCAGUACAGUAUACCAAAAGUUCUAUCUCUCUGCCUGCCGGCUCCAAAUUAAAAACGUCAUGUCAAAAAAAUCCGAACUCUCCCUUUUAAACUUUUCCAGAAACGUUUCUCUCCACUUGUGUAAACAAAUGUGGUGUUACAGCUCUACGCCCGUUGAGACAUUCAUGCCAACUUCUAGCCAGUGAGUUUGUCAUCAAUACGUGCUAUCGAUGCGAUAAUCAAACUACUGAAUAACUUUUUCACUCACAGGAAGAUGAUGCUUACUGGGUUUCAUAUGGAUAUGUUGUUACAGCUUGUAGGAUAAUAUUGUUUCAUUAACUUGUUAGCUGAGUGAGUCAAUAUUGAUUACAAAGUAGAUUUUAGAAUAACUGUUGGCAUUGAUGUUGAUUGAUUGAAUUAUUAGCUGAGUGCCUUAAUAUAAGCCCAGUAGGAAUAUAACUGUUUUAACAAUUCAUCUAUUAACUGAGUUAGUGAUUACAAGUAGUUUACAGAAAUAGGGCUUUAUUAGCUGAGUAGAUGAACUGUUAGAAGCAUGUCAAAGGUCAAACAACAAUAGUGCGAACUUACACAUAGUGUACAAUCAGCAAAGGCCAUUCCGUAUCAGCAGCUCAUUAAGGGCACAAAAACAGAGUCUGAACCUUGAGAUCGAUGGCGAGAAGUAUGUGCUGUUUGUGCACGAAAAGUGUUAUAGAGCCAGCGAAGGUUCCGACCAUCACCUGCUGGCGUCACACAAGCUUCAUCAAAGAAUCUGGGAGAAAGGUCAUCUUUGGAAAGACUGGCGCCGAUGGUCUGAGGAAAACAAUUAUAAAAAGGCAGAGGGGACUAGCGAUCGGGGCUGGCUCUCGCUCCUUCUGGUCAGGAAGCCACAGGAGGACAUUAGGAGGGACAACUAGCCCGGAUAUCUGAAGAAUGUGAAAUUAUUCUGAUUUAUUUUUCAAUACAUUUUGUAAAUCGAAAACCAGUGUGUGAGUCUUCUUUCCUUCUCAUAACUGGCGCGUAACGAACACAUAAGGGGGAGGUGAAAUUGGAUUAAUUAAUU